CGAAUGUCUAGCUUGGAGUUACUUCCCCUUUACUGUAACCUGUUACUUCUCUAUAUUUAUCUUGUACUUAUUUUGCUACUUUUCAGGUGAGGCGAGUGACGUGCGUAAAUUGAUCCAUCGACUUUUGGGGAAUGAGAAUUCGGAGAUAAAGAAAGACGAUGAGAUGAUCAGGGCUGUUAGUAAAGGUUUGACGACAGCCAUGAGGCAGUUCUCGUGUGCCCAGUGUGAUCAGGUCUGGUGGAAGAAAGUACCCAUCAACAAGGCGGUGUCUAGAUGCAAAGUCUGUAAGUCCAAGUUUGACGCGAUACCAAGCGACAUGAUGUGGGGCUGGGCGAUAUUCGAGUGUGAAUGUGGCAACGAAUUCAGUGGUUUCGGACAGAUGGGUGUGACUCGAAGUGAGUGUUACAGUUGUGGGGAGAAACCUUAUCCGUCCACCAUCCGUCCACCUACCCGACGACGUCCGCCUAAGUCUAGACAGAAACACAAGUGUGAUGCCCAAGACUGUCCCGGAUGUAGCUCUGGCGACAAAGAUACAGGGGAUAUGGAGAAGAAAUGCGUGCAUCCCCGAUCAAGAACAGGCAAGUCCAAAGUGAUCGUGGCCAGCGCAGCUCACAUCAGUACCGGCUCGACUAUCUCGUCCAUCAGGGACCAGGACGAACUUUGUUCAGCCAUGUACAACACUUCUCUGUCGGCCAUUAGGGAAAACCUGAAAUAAAGGUCACGUGAUAGUAGAUAUUGGAUUGCAUUACUUCCGGAAUGUGUGAUAUCAUUUACAUUCAAAAUGAAAUACACACCAAAACAAUCUUACAAUCCUGCUCACAGAAUGUUGCCAGUAAUGGCCUGUGAUUGUAACACUGUUGAUCUAUAUUGCCACGGAUAAUCCUGGAACAAGAACAACGUAAAUAAUUCUUCCCUAGAGAUGAAAACCCUAUGUUGUACAUACAUUGUUACAUGGAAAUUGACAGUUUAAACUAACCCUAUUGUUUUCGUUAUGUUAUUAUUUUUUUUAUUCUCAUUCUUAAUUCGACAGAUCGUGUUCAAGUUCAAGUUCUUUAUUGACUUUGAGUCUUCCGACUCAUCAGUAUCAUAUACAUGUACAUACAUUGUAAUAUACAAAUUUUACAUAACAUUGACAACAUCAGACAAAACACACAAAAAAACAUAAAUUCGUGCCAGAGACAAUAUACUCGGAGAGCAUAACUAUGUUAAAGAAGCUCUUUUGACAUUUGCCACUUUGAUGUAUUUGGCCAAUUUUUCUAAUUCUUUGGUAUUUUGCCCGUUAAAUAAUUGUAUCAAUUUCAACAUACUUGGUUUUUUAAAAUAGUAACUUUUCAAAUAUUUCUUACGAAUAUCAGAAUAACAUGGGCAUUUUAGAAUAAAAUGAAAUUCAUCCUCGACAUCAUUUAAAUUACACACAGAACAAAUUCUCAAAUGUCGCUGGAUAUUUUGAUAACGACCUUUUUCUACAUUUAAAUCAUGAGCUGACAGUCGAAUUUUAGUAAUUUCGUUUAAGUACCCUUUCCCUAAUGGUUUUCUCAAAUAACCCUGAAUACCAAAUUCAUUGUUAAGACAUUUGUAAAAAAAAAUCCCUUUGAAGAUGUUCUAAUUUGUUCUAUGCAAUCCUGUCUGUUAAUAUCUAAAAGUCUGUCUUUAAUUACAAUGUAAGAAAUAUUGUCAAUAUUUUCUGUUUGCCAUAUAUAGCCUAGGCCUAUUCUAUAUAAUUCGUUCUUGAUAUUUAAUACCCAUUUAUCAUUAUGCUCUAACAUGUCUUUAUAACAUGAUCUUAAAAUACAAUUAUCAGUGUUUAUUAUUUUUAUCCAAUAUUUAAAAAUUCUUAAUUUCCUUAAUAAUGUCAAUGGAUAUCUACCUAGCUCUAAAUAAACCAUAGCAUUACAAGUAUUUUUCCGUACACCGAGUAAUUGUUUACAGAAUGAAGUAUGUAAUUUUUCAACAUCAGGCGCUUUAUGAAAGCCCCAUAUUUCUGAACCAUAACUUAAAAUACUGUUAACAUAUGUAUCAAAAACUGAUAGUUGAGUUUCAAUAUUAAAAUAAUUUUUACGACACACAUUCAAAAUUGAAAAUAAAGCUUUUUUCCCUUGAUCUGCUACUUUUUGCUGUGUUUUUCUAAAAGUCCCAUUGUAAUUUAGCAAAAAACCCAGAUAAUUGAAUUCGUUUACAAUUUCCAAAUGACAUCCGUUAUAUGUCCAAUUUUCGUUGUUCCUCAAAAUACCACCAUUUCUAAAUACAAGUACUUUUGUUUUAUUUGUAUUGACUGUUAGAUCCCACUUUUUUGUAUAUACUUCUAAUGAAUUUAACAUAUCUUGUAAGCCUUCUGGUGUUUCUGAAAAAAAUACCAUGUCAUCUGCGUACAUCAGUAGAAACAGAUUUAAAGUUUGAAUUUCUAUCGAUGGACAGUUGUCAAUUAAAAAUUGCAUCUCGCAGUCAUUUACAUAUAAUGAAAACAAUAAAGGAGAUAAAAUUUCCCCUUGAAACAAUCCGUUAUUACAAUUGAAAUAAUUAGAUAGUGAGCCAUUAUGCUUAACACAACAUUUUACAUCAUUAUACAAUGACCUAAUUAACACUAACAACUUUCCGUCAAUUCCUUCUCUAAUUAAUUUGAACCACAUGUUUUGUCGAUUAAUAAAGUCAAAUGCCUUUGUAUAAUCAAUAAAACAACAAUAUAAUCGUUUCUUAGUUUUUAGACUCCGAUUAAUUAAGGACUGCAAUGCAAAUAUAGCGUCAAUCGUUGUUGAUAGGGUUUUUCUAAAGCCAAAUUGAGCAUCAGUUAUUUUAUUAUAUUUCUUAUCAAAUGACAUUAGUCUAUUGUUAAUAAUUGACGUAAAAAGUUUUCCCAGACAGCUUACUAAAGUAAUACCUCUGUAAUUAUUGACAUUAUUAGUAUCCCCCUUCUUAAAGACACCUUAGCUCAAAAAGGAAUUGAGCUAAAACUUUCCCAUUUUAAAUUCAUGCAUAUAUAUAUAUAUAAAUAUUGCAAAUUUGAAGAGGCCAAGCUAAUUAUUUUCAUAUUGCUUUAAUAAAACCAUUAUUAAUUA